CAGAUGGUCAAAGCAGACAAAACAGGCAGAGGAGAGAGAGAGAGAGAGAGUGCAAGUUGUUUAUUCUUUAUAUACGCAAAUUAAAAAUCCAAACUUUACCACUUUACUAGCAAAACCCUAGUCCCCGGCCGAGCUGGAGCUGCAGAGUCGUAAACUGAGGGAACCAUUACAUGGGUUCCGACGAGCGAUUAAAAUGGUUAAUACCCAUCGUCGCGGCCGCGGCCGCCGCCUUCGCCGCGAUGUCUAUUUAUCGUUGGCGGGAAAGAUUUAAAGAGCUGGAAUCAAAGGUGGAAGAGCUUCAGAAUGCUCUUGAAUCGUCGACUGAGAAAUCGGCCGCUGAGAGGCAAGGCCGAAUUCGCGCUCAACAGGCAUUGAGGAAAGCUCUAGCACAGCACAAGUCUGAGAAUUUGGAGCAGAGUUCUUAUCCAAUGAUGCCAAUUGGUACUGUCCAGUCUUGCUUCUCCACCAGAAAUGGAACUCCAAGGCAGCCUUUGGUAGUACCUCUAGCAAGGGCAUGCUUAAUGUUCAACCCAUCUAGGGUUCCACCAGCUUCACUAGAAGGUCUAACUGAGUAUUCUCAUUGCUGGAUAAUCUAUGUGUUUCACUUGAACACAGAUUUGGAUAAGUUGUGGAAGGAACCAUCUAGAUCAAAAUUUAAGGCCAAGGUUAGAGUGCCAAGGCUGAAAGGUGGUAGAAUGGGAGUGUUUGCUACCAGAACUCCUCAUCGACCUUGCCCCAUUGGCCUCACCGUUGCAAAGGUAGAAGCUGUACAAGGAAACAUGGUUCUGCUCUCUGGUGUGGAUCUAGUUGAUGGCACACCAGUUCUUGAUAUCAAACCUUAUCUCCCUUACUGUGACAGCAUCACCGAAGCAACAGUGCCGAAGUGGGUAAUGGAGGAUGGCAUGUUAGCAGUAACCUCAAUCAACUUCUCCGAGGGCUUUGCUUCAUCCCUCGAUGAUUGCUGGCGGAGAAUGGUGAGCUUCUGGGUCUCGGAUCAAACAGUUAUUGAGCUUCAUCAACUUCACCACUCAAUUCCUUCUUUCUCGUUUCCACUGCAGGGAAAGAAAUCGCUGUACUCAUCUGCAGCAGAGCUGCGACGCCUGAUCGAAGAGGUGCUCUCGUGGGACAUUCGCUCGGUCUCCCAACGAAACCAACCUCAUGAUGGAGCUACUGAGUUGCCAUCAAUUGCUGCUUCACCAGAUGAGGAGUUCAGUGAACAGCACAAUCACGAGGAUGAUGAUAUUGAUCCAGUUGGCUCAGGAGGCAUAGUCUAUCAUCUUCUCCUGGAGGGCGUCGAUAUUGCAUACAGGAUCGACGAUAACAGCAAUGUGAUUGUCGAGAAAGCUGUUGUGAAACCAUCAGACGGCAAUGACAGUGUCCCAAAUGGUGAUCGCCGAAAUCGUUCCAGUUACUCUAUGUGGGUAGACAACUUGGGUUAG